UGUGUGACAGGUACAUACACAUUAACUGGUGGACACAGCUUUGUUUGGCAUCAAAAUAUUUUUGAACUGAAUUAUUGAAUUUUGGUUGAGGACAGAAUAGACUUGGUGAUAUCUGCUUGUUUACAUUCCCUCACGAGACUGUUUAGAGACUGUUUAGCUGAUUGGAAGUGAAAGGGAGGCUGAACACAGCAUUAAUUACCCGUGUCACUUGUCGGAAGGAAUGAGGCAGGACGGAGCCUUACAGAUGGCUUCGGCAAACGAUUCAAAAUGGCAGAAGGAUGCAGCUGACCAGAACUUUGACUAUAUGUUCAAACUACUAAUUAUUGGAAACAGCAGUGUCGGUAAAACAUCGUUCUUGUUUAGAUAUGCUGAUGACUCUUUCACAUCUGCGUUUGUUAGCACAGUGGGCAUAGAUUUCAAAGUAAAAACAGUGUUUCGCCAGGACAAAAGGGUAAAACUACAAAUUUGGGACACGGCUGGUCAGGAGAGAUACAGAACAAUAACAACAGCUUAUUAUCGUGGUGCUAUGGGAUUUAUACUAAUGUACGAUGUCACAAAUGAGGAAUCCUUUAACGCAGUACAUGAUUGGUGUACUCAGAUCAAGACUUACUCAUGGGAUAAUGCACAGAUAGUUUUAGUGGGCAACAAGUGUGACCUUGAGGAUGAAAGGGUUGUUUCCACGGAGAGAGGAAAGCAGCUGGCCGACCAAAUAGGCUUGGAGUUCUUCGAGACAUCAGCUAAAGAAAAUAUCAACGUGAAAGCCGUGUUCGAAAGAUUGGUAGAUAUCAUAUGCGACAAAAUGUCAGAAAGUUUGGAUUCUGACCCUUCCCUGAUCAACAGUCAGACGAAAGGUACAAGGCUGACAGAGAAUACCAACCCACAGCAGGGAGGAUGCCAGUGUUAGGUGGUGGCUGACAAGGGCAGAUAACUGUUAACACUGUGUGAUGUGUAGGGUCUGUUUCUCACAAUAAGUGAUAGUGGUUAUUUCUUGUUUUGGACACUGCACAUUUCUGCCCUGGUUGUCAGGGGGACAAACUGCCCCGUAGUUAAAGAAUCUCGUGAGUUAGUUGGGUUUAUGGGAAUGUCUGAUACCUCAAAUAUCAUCAGUAACAAUUACAAUCUAAUCUGCCAUAGUGACACAAAUGAUUUUACAAAUACCUGAUCUGCCAAAAUGAUAAGUUGUUACGAUUAUUAUAUUCAAUAUUAUUUAUGUGAAGAUCUGUAUAUGCCGCGUACAUUCCAACAUCUAUGUAAUCUAUAUAAUGAUGAACUCCACUUUUUGAGUUAAGUAGGCUGUCUAUUAUUGUCACUAUGUAUCAUCUCUGUUUGGAGAUCUGGCAUGCCCAUAUCCUUAAUUACCUCCCUUUCCAUGACUGAAAGAGGUUGUAGCUUCCAUCUUGUAAUGGUCGGCAUGGCAACCAAGCAUGAAAAUUUAAACAACUCCUGUACAGAUAUAGAGCCCUGUUUGUGUGGUUGCCAUGACGACUGAGAGGAUGCGAGGCCUGUUUGUAGAAAGCCAGUGUACUACAUAAGUAAUCUGUAGAUGGCGCUAUGUGGUACAGGUAGAUGUUAUAUGUGUAAAUAUUGGUGAGUCACAUGACUAUCUGAGUUAUACUGUAGAUGUCACAUGACUAUCCAAGUUAUAAUGUAGAUGUCACAUGACUAUCCAAGUUAUAAUGUAGAUGUCAUAUGACUAUCCAAAUUAUACUAUAAUUGUCAUAUGACUAUCCAAGUUAUACUGUAGAUGUCACAUGACUAUCUGAGUUAUACUGUAGAUGUAUGUAAUAUUGUGCAUCCCAGUUGUGCUGACAAAUUAGACAAAUCGCAUUUUAGAUAACAUGUAAUAUUGCUAACAUUCAUUGUUGUAUAUUUUCUCUCAUGAUUUCAUUCCUUUUGUUUUUCGGAUAUUUCUGCAUUUAUAAACCACCUAUAGCCAAAGGGUAAACUCAGCUGUUCCAAAUCUUCAUAAUCCACAGAAAAUUCACAGUAAAACUUUAUCAUUCUGCCAAUGUUCUUAUAUUUGGUAUUAUAUUGAAGAUGUGUGAACAAAUUGUAAGAAAACGCAGAAGAAAAUAUUUAAAUGUGUCGGCAAACUAAGGAGGGCCACAUGAAAGAUUUACUGUACUAAAAGACAAAGAAUUUUUGCUAAAUGUUUUGAAGUAAUUCAACUGAUGUGUCAGCAAGCUGGAUGUUCUCGAAUGAUUGAGGAUAUUGUUUAUACUGUUGAAGACAAGUGUUUUUGUAAGAACAUAUUUGUGUCUGAAGAAAAUCAUCUGAUUUUUGUCGAUUCAUGUUUGAUAUGUUUACCGAGACAGAGAGAGCGUGUCGUUUGUCUUUAUUAUCAUGAUACAACAGACAAUUGCUGGUCUGUAACACGAGAAAAAUAUAUAUACAUUUUAUUAUGUUUUUUUUGCCAGAUUUUGUUGCAAUUCCUUGAAUUUUUUUUUAUACUUUAUAUGGUUGUGUUCAUCAAGAUUUAUUGUUAAUCUUCUAGAGUAAUCUCCCUUGAUAAUAAGCUGCCACAGAAGUGUUGGAAUUUAACAUAGGAUGAAAUCCCACAGUAGCAUUCCAGGUUGACCUGCUGGGUGGGGAUUUAAGCUCAACCAUACAAUCAUGAGUUAUCUCCCUUGCUUAGACUUUCAUGACAAAAUAGCACCAUUUGACAUGAUAACCAUCAGAUUUAGAAAUGAAUUCUAGUGGACAAUAUCACUAUACAACAAUGCUUAUAUAUCUAACAGAAUUCCUGCAUUGUAAUGUUAUAUUGUAGUUUUAAAUGAACAAUGCUUUAGACGAUGCUCUGUAUGUGUUAUAGUGACCAAGGUCUUAUCUAUCGUUGGCAAUCUCCUCGGAUGGUGAAGCUUGCUAUGGCUGUAUACUAAAGCUUGAUAAGGGUAAUAUCAUCUGUGUGCAAUAUAUCCUUUUUAUUGGUCCACAAUCAACUUUGAAAUCCUCUCAUGAUAAAUUGUCUCAUUGGAUGAGUCUGUAAUUGAUGGACCAACUUGUUCAAAAAGAAAAUUGCUGCAAUAUCGCUGUGCUGUUCCUUGUGUUAACUGUUGAAAUAUUGUUUUAAAUUUUCUUCUUCUGGUUGGUAUUAUGUAUAUAAAGCAUCAGGAUUUAUGUAACACAGAUUUCUUCCUGUUAAAUCUGCCACAGGUUUGGUGAAUGUCGGGCCCCGCUCCUUUGGUGGGUAGAUACCAUACUUCUGGUGAUGUUUAUAUAAUCCCGUUAUUUACCUCUGUUGUUGUUAUAUCUCUAUAGAUUUAUUAGGUUGUGAAAUCACUUGUUUUUAUGUAGGAACGUAUACUUUUAUUUAUUCCAUUGAUUCUAUUGAAGAGGAUAGUAAUUUACAAUCAUUCCAAGGUGGUCAUAUGAGGCAUGAUGUUGUUUGACCUUGACCUGCUGAACGAGUGAAAUCCAAGGUGAAGGUCAUGUCAGGCAUUGGGUUGUUUGACUUGGGUUGUGUGAAGUCCAAAGUGAAGGUUAUGUCAGGUAUUGGGGUUGUAUGACCUUGACUUGCUUAAUGAGUGAAAUCCAUGGUGAAGGUCAUGCUAGGUAUUGGGUUGUAUGACCUUGACCUGUUAAACUAGUGAAAUCCAAGGUGAAGGUCAUAUCUGUGAAAUCCAAGACAAUAAAGAUUAACUUUAACUAAGCUCUCAUUCAUAAUUAUUAACUGUUGAAAACUUUAUGUCCGUUAUCUUACUUUGUUAACAUUUUAUUACAUUUCCAUUCCAAAUCUAUAAAGUAUACAGUCAGAUUCAUCUGCACUCAGUGUAGACAACUAGGUCAUUACAACUGGGUUUAGUUCAUGUCAGAACAUUCCAUUUGACACAAAAUUCAAAUGUUGAAUUUUAUUUCCUGUGUAGUGUCAUUCAUGACUUCAUCAACUGUAUAUAAAUUUUCUCCCGAUAGUGAAUAUGUAUGGUCACAAUAUUAGCAUAUUAACAUUUUUCAAGCCUACAUAUUAUACUAUAUAAUAUUCAUAUGUAUUAUAAAAGUCAUUAAAUUUGUGUUAUACUGGGACCAACAUAUGUUCAGAGAUGUUCAAUAGGGAACAAAAUCUGGUCAGUGAGGUGUUAUCAGGACCAACAUCUGGUCAUCUGGUCAGCAAGGUAGUCGAGGUGAGAGAGUUACAGAUUUGGUGCAGUGGUAUAUUGAUCCCUUAAGUAACUAAUAUCAUUGUAUAGUGUUACUCAUGUUGUUAAUUUUGUUAAAAGUUAUCGAAAACAGGACCUGAAAUUUUUUUUCAAGUGACACAGUACUAUGAACAAGAUGUUAUAGAAAUAUAGAUAAUCUUAUUUAAACAUACAAGUUCUGUGUGAAGCUAUUCAGUCCCACAUCAUAAAUCGCUGAUAUUUCAACUGUUAAAGUGAUUAUAUCAACAAGGUGUUGUGUUGUUUUAAACAUCAUCAGAGAGUGUAACUCCUGUCAGAAUAUCUCUCAUCAUCGGAGAGCAUAUCGUACUGCCAGAAUAUCUUGUCAUUAAAGAGUGUAACUCCUGUCAGAAUAUCUCAUUAUCGGAGAGCAUAUCGUACUGCCAGAAUAUCUUGUCAUUAAAGAGUGUAACUCCCGUCAGAAUAUCUCUCAUUAUCGGAGAGCAUAGUGCAUUGUCAGAAUAUUUCUCAUCACCAGAGAAUGUAACUCCUGUCAGAAUAUCUCUCAUCAUCGGAGAGCAUAGUGCAUUGUAAGAAUAUCUCUCAUCACCAGAGAAUGCAACUCCUGUCAGAAUAUCUCUCAUCAUCUGAGAGCAUAGUGUACUGUCAGAAUAUCUCUCGUCAUCAGAGAAUGUAACUCCUGUCAGAACAUCUCUCAUCAUCUGAGAGCAUAGUGCACUGUCAGAAUAUCUCUCGUUUUCUGAGAGUGGAACUCCUAUUAAAAUAUCUCUCGUCACCGGAGAGCAUAGCAUAUUGUCUGAAUAUCUCUCGUCAUUGGAGAGCGUAAUGUACUGUCCGAAUAUCUUGUUAUAGGAGAGUGUUACUCCUGUCAGAAUAUCUCUUAUCAUUGGAGAGGGCAGCAUACUGUCAGAAUAUCUCCCAUCAUCAGAGAGUGUAACGUAACGUACUGCCAGAAUAUCUCAUCAUCGGAGAGCAUAGCAUAUUGUCGAGUACGCCGUCAGAAUAUCUCCUGAUGUUAGAGUGUCAUACUGUCAAAAUAUAUCCCAUAAUCGGAGUGUAGCGUACCGUAAGAAUGUCUCCUGAUGUUGAAGAGUGUAACAUACUGUCAGGAUAUCUCCCGUAAUCAGAGAGUGUAGCGUACUGUCAGAAUAUCUCCCGUUAUCGGAUAGUGUAGCAUACUGUCAAGAUAUCUCCCGUAAUCGGAGAGUGUAGCGUACUGUCAGAAUAUCUCCCGUAAUUGGAGAGUGUAGCGUACUGUCCAGAUAUCUCCCGUAAUCGGAGAGUGUAGCGCACUGUCAGAAUAUCUCCCGUAACCGGAGAGUGUAGCGUACUGUCAGAAUAUCUCCCGUAAUUGGAGAGUGUAUCGUACUGUCAAGAUAUCUCCCGUAAUCGGAGAGUGUAGCGCACUGUCAGAAUAUCUCCCGUAACCGGAGAGUGUAGCAUACUGUCAAGAUAUCUCCCGUAAUCGGAGACUGUUACGUACUGUCAGAAUAUCUCCCAUAAUUGGAGAGUGUAGCGUACUGUCAAGAUAUCUCCCGUAAUCGGAGACUGUUACGUACUGUCAGAAUAUCUCCCGUAAUCGGAGAGUGUAGUGUACUGUCAGAAUAUUUAUAACUUGUAACUCCGGUGGAUGUGUUUCUUGUGUGCUCAUCAUCACCCCUGUAUAAAGGUGUCCUUCUCAACAUGCACUGUUCCAUGUAAACUGUUGUCGUGGUAACGUAGGUCAUAGUCUCUCAUGCUCAUCGUAUGUGAUAGAAAUCUUUUUUGGUCUGGUUCCUAGUGACAUUCCUGGUAUAGAGCAGUAAUACACUACUACAUAUGUAUCCAUAGACCCACUCCUAUAUUUUCUUUGUCUAGAACUGUCUCUAGCGACAGUCUGAUAAUAAAUCGUUGAAAGUCCAA